AUGAGCCAGUCCCAACGCAUUAAAGUCGUUUUGUUCAUUCUGUACGGCAUUUUUGUCGUUGGCAUCAUUGGUCUAAAUAUCCCGGAAUGUGAUAACCAAGACGGAUUAAUCACUAAUACGCUUACGAACUGCUCAUACGGCUACAUAUAUUGCAACGCCACCAAUUCCCAAUAUUGUGUGGACGCUGCAAAUUGUAGUGAAACCUAUUUCUGCAAUGCUACAACAACAACAACGAUAGCAACAACAACAGCAAUACCCACAACACCGUCUAAUAAUAUUAGUACAACGAGCAGUAUCAACAGUAACAGCACCCUUAGCUCAGCGGAAGUGCGUCAAAGGUGCCAAUUAGGCAUUACGGGAAAGUAUCCCUAUCCCAACAACAGUAAUUACUACUAUAAUUGCAUCAAUGGAUAUCUUCUGGUAGAACAGUGUCCCUUCUGCUACUUAUUCAAUACGGACAAUGGCAGCUGUACAGGCCUAAUGGCAAAUUUUUACUACAUUACAACCACCGAUUGCGGCGCCGAAAACAACACCGACCCUCAGAACAACGCUCACACCAAUCCCACCAACAGUGAUUCCAACAACUCUGAAAACUACAACAACCUCAAGGAUAGGAAAUAA